UGUCAUUUCCUCCAUGUCCCAUCGAUACCCUUCUUCCUCCUACAAAUACCCACCACCCUCAAAUCCCAAUCUCCGAAAACCCACAACUGUUUACUUUUGCUUCCUAAUUAAUCAUCAAUGUCGCAGAUUCAUGACAAUGAAGAUAUACAGAGAGAAACCAAGAGGCAGAAGCAGUGUUUUCCCAUAAAUGAUCACGUCGAUUUGUUGAUAGAGGUGUUGCAGAGGCUCGACGGACGGUCGUUGGGCGCGGCGGCGUGUGUGUGUCGCCAAUGGUGUUCCAUCGUCCGGAACGACUCGUUAUGGGAAAAUCUAUGCUUCCGACAUGUGUCGCCGCCGUCGGUUGGAGUUAGGUCGGUGGUUUUGGCUCUGGGUGGGUACCGGAGAAUGUACAUGGUGUGUGUUCGACCGGUGGCGAGUCGACUGAAGAGGAGGAGAUUCUUUAGCGGCGAGUCCGAGGUGGUCCGGCGAGUGUGGAACCGGCAUGAGGUGGAGCUUUCGUUGUCGCUGUUUUGUGUGGAGUAUUACGAGAGACUGUUGGGUGGUGGCGGAGGGGUGGUCAGCGGUGAGUCGCCGGCGAAGUCGCUCAAGUUUCUAUGCAAGGCCGUGAACGUUAGCUUCUGACUGUUAUGAGGAAUGGCUUCGUAAGAAAAUACUACACAAACGACGGAGUCAGAUUUUGAUGUUACAUUUUUUGUUCUUAUAUAUUUGUUGCAAUUCUUAAUAAAUUAUUAUUCGAACAUCUUAUAAAAAGUACUAACAGUUAUUUCUAUUUUUGGUUGUGGUCUAAUAUUAAUCCACAAUCUUGUAAUCUCAUUUAUUGAUUCCAGAGUAAAUUACAAAAAUGUUGCUUGUGGUUGGCACUUGCAUUUUGAGUCCA